GUGGCCCGAGCGCCCACGGGCUUUCGGCUCCGCAGGCUCAGGUAGAGUUGGCGGCGAUCGGGCUGCGGGCUGCGUCUGCAGAGACCAAGCUGGAGGGGCAAGCGCAGGCCGCGGAGCAGGUCUCAGGAAGAGGCCCUUUCUCCUUCCCUCAUGGAGGGAUCGGCUACAGUGACUGAAUCUUUGGAAAAGAAAGCCCCUUUUUCAAGGUGAAAGGAGUGUUGGGAACUUCUGAGGGCCUGAUCAUUAUUGGUGAACCAUUUGAUGUAAAAGACUUGACUCCAUAAUCUACAUCUACCCUAAUGCUGUCAUCUGGAGUAGAGACUCGGCCAGUUCCACAUGAUUCCUCCAUGUCUGCUGUGGUACAGGAAUUAUACUCUGAACUCCCAGUAAGUGUCUCCAAAGAGCUUCAUGCUGACCCUGAGCCAAGUUUGAAUCCAGAUAUAAAACCUGGAGCCUCAACCUCUCUUGUAAGCCAGAGUAGAGCAUUACCCUCGGAGCUACAGAGGACCCAUGCAGAAAGUUGUUGUGAAGAAGCCUCUGAGACCUUGGAUAAUAGGGGUGAGCCUGGGUGGUGUGGACUAGUGGACCUCACUGUAGGAGCUUCUAUGGCUUCUGAGAUCUUGGAUAGGGAAGAAAAAACCAAGAGCAUGGAGCUAAAGGUCUUCAGCGAUCAAGGGGAACAGGCAGAAGUAAACAGAGACCCUGGUGAGGGAGCAAAGAAAGAUCCACAUCAACAUUCCACAACUGCUGAAGAAAAGAUUGGCCCAAGUCAGGAGAACCUCCUGAUGAAGUCAAGCAAAGAACUUUUACAUGUGGGCCUCCCUGAAGAUUUUCUAAGGAAUAAAGAAGGAAAUAUACAGUUUGCAACUGAAAUUCUACCAUCAUCCCCUGAAGAUGUUCAAGGUAUGAAGGUCAAUGGGACUAAGAUGGAUAAUAAUAAUGAAGGACCCAAGAAUGGAAAUGUGAGUAAAGAUCUCUUAGCUGGGUCCAGUGAACACCCAGAAGUAGAAGAAAUUACGAGCAGUGGCAAGAUUUCAGAAACCAGAACAUUAGUUUCUAUAGAGCCUUUAAAUUUUAUGGAUCCUGGAGUAACAAAAGCAACUCCUAAAGAAAAAGAAUGUGGAGAAUUACAAACUUGUCCUUGGUUGUCAUUAUUACCAGGGAACAGUGCCAUUUCUAAAAUGGACAAUGGAAAAGAAGAGUUUUGUGAACUAAACCUGGACUGUGCGGCAGAUGACAAUCACCAACAGUUUCUUGGCCAUUAUAAUGAAAAACACAGUUCCACAUUUGACAGUUCCACAGCCACCAGAAAUGUACAUGCCAGGAAACCCUUAGAGGAAAAUUCUGAAAUCUUACAUCUCAUACCAGGUUUGCCUGGUCCAGAAUCUAGAACAACAUCCUUGUGUACUUUUGAAAGUGGUUUGCUGAAGAAAUCAGAAGAAAAGACAGACAAUUCCUGUUUUAAUAAGGAUGAUCUAAGUAAGAACUUGGCUUCUGGAGAAGAAAAUGAAGAACAGUCUUUGAAUUCCAGGAGUGAAAGAACAGAACUCUUUUUUAUUAAUGCCAGACAAUUAAAAAAGGAUUCCAGUGAUUAUUCUGAUGAAGCAGGAACUGUUGAUUCUUCAAAAGGAAAUGUCCAUCAUAACUGUUGCAUUCAAGGCAAUAACCAUACAGAGAGCUCUAGUUCUUUAAUGUCCCAUUUUUUAACUGAAGCCAUGGGAAUAAUGUUUAAAAAAGAUGAUUUGAAAAUCACAUUAGAUACACAAGGUAAGUUGACAGACUCUGAGCACCAUAAAGAAACUGUUACUAAUGUGAGCCAUCAAGGUGGACACCCUGAAGAAAGCAGCUUUUCCUCGGUGCAGAUUGAAGAGCCAGAACAGACAAACACUUUACAGCCCCGUACAUUAAAUGAGAUUUACAAUAAAGAUUCUCCCUCCUUAGUCAGCUUACAGAGAAAUCUGGAAGGUGAUACUCAGUUAAGUGAAACAUCAUGUAAUGAUUUUCUCUCUGCAAGAAAACUUGUUAGUUUAAUACCAGAAGAUCAGAUAAGUUCUGUGCCUAAAGAAGUAUCAAAAUCCGAGAAAGAUACUGUCCAGUUACCACCAUCUCCGGAAUUGGAUUGUAGAUCUGUGUCAGGAAAAGCUGUAGAGACCUCACAUAAUAUUCCAUGUUUAGAUGGACAGAGAAUUGCCCAUGAGAUGAGUAAACUUUCUCAUACCAAUGAACUGAUUGUAAACAUAGAAUGUGAAUGUGUUUUAAAUCAAGUGUCCCUUAAUUCUCAAGAUCACGUGAAGUUGCCAACUGAUUCCCUAUUACAUAUAAACAGAGAAAUGCCUUUAGCAGCAAGCAAAAAUGCCCAGCAGAGCCAACAUCCUCCAUUAGGAAAUGGAGCAGAUGUCACUGCUGAUAACCGAACCAUUCCCAGUGAGACACAAGUAAAAGACAUCCCUCCAGUAGGAGAUACAGCUUGUGGUACCUCUUCCAACAGUCCCACUUUCAACACCACACCAGGAAGCCUAGAAAGAAAACAAGAAAUGACUGAUUCAGGAAUAGAUCUGCAUUCCAGUUUCCUCUCAAGUGCAAAAGAAUCAGUUGACUCUCCUAAAGAAAUCUCAGUCACAGAAUGUGAAAAUGUUCAAUCUCAGGAUAUCUCCAGCUGUCACUGUGUAAGAAAAAAUUCAGUAGGAGAAAACUCGUGUUCUGCCUGUAUUGCUUUGGGGCCCAGCAAAAUCGUUCUGAAAGUCAGUGAUUCUUCAGGAAUAAAAUGUGAAAAUGCAUCUCAGCAUAGUGAUCACCACUUCCAAGUAACAGGAGAGUUUAUAAAAAGUAGCUGUAUAUCACAAGAGAGCAAACUUGAUGGGAGAAAAAUUGAAGGCAGCUAUACAAAAUGCAUGACAAGAAAUGAUAUGAGAACUGUUGUGUCAGACAGUGGAACUUCAAAUAUAGCCACUUACAUCACUGGUCACAUUGAAUUCAGUGAGAAAGGGCUAGAUAGAAAGGAUCUGGAUGUACCCAAAGAAACUAUGUUUUGUAAAUAUAACAUCUCUGAUUAUUCUACACAAAAACUAAACCAAUUUGCAAACAUUCCAAGUUCAGAAACAUCUCCUUUUAUGUUCUCCGGUUUUAAAAACAUAAACCAAGCAGUUGAAACUCUUGAUCAGAAGGCAAAUGAAGUCCUUGACUGCCAGAGUAACCAAAACAGACUAGAUCAAUGUAGAAGUUGUGAUAAACUAGGUAAGGAGACAGGAGAUAGUGACCAGACAAAGACCUUCACAGAACAUAAAGGAGAGGUAAUACACAAUGGAAAGGACUUAGAAGUCAGCUCAAGCAGUAAUAACAUAGUGUCUUAUGGUGGUCCAAAGGAAGGUGAUUCCACAGGAGCUGUUGAAGAUAUUUCUAGUUCUGAAGAGUUCGCAGAUAGGAUAAACACUAUCUGUGCAGACCAUACUAAAAAGCCUACAGAAAAUGUGCUAGGUGUGAAAGUAGUAUCUAGUACACUUGAUUGUGGUGCAUGGAAAGAUAGACUGCCAUUACACAAAACGUUAAGGAGUACCUCAGCUCAGAGAGAUGAACUAAAUGCUGGAUUUAUAGGAAAAACAAAUCAAGACUUGGAUCUCUCAAAUUCUGCUAGUUCUGUAGUGGAAUUUCUUGAAAUAAAACCAAGUGAAGAGAAAGUGUACAAAUCUUUAAAAGACUGUGAAAUGGUAAAAUGUCUAGACUCUUGUGCUCAAGAGAUGGAGUCUGUUGCAGAUCAUGAACCAAAUACAAAAAUAAUAGACAAAGUAAAUGUCUCUUUAGAUUAUACUCAUCAUGAACAUCAAGGUAAAGGCACGUAUCUGAGAGGAACACAAGGAAUGACGGAAGGAUCAAAACUAGAAGAGAUAAAUUCUGAGAAGGAACAAACCUUUGAAAUAUCCUCAGAGGACUCAGUGUCUUCUAGAUGUCAAGAUGAGAACUCUGUUCCCUCAGGAACACUUAAAUCCAUUGAGAUAACGCCUUUGUGUUUGUCUUCUCAAGAAAAUUCAGAAACUGACCUGAACACUCUGUCUAACCCAAAGGGUGGUGAAAUGCCUUGUGAAAAUGUAAAGAACUGCACAGACCUGUCUAAGAUGAAGACAGAAGUACCUUCUAGGGAUAUGAAUAACCCUAGUGAAGGGUACAUCGGUGUGAAAAAGAAUGUUUGCAAAGCUUGCCACCCUCAUGAGAAUUCUACUGAUAAACAUUUGCCUUUGAUAAUGGAAACAGCAAUUAAAGCAAUUGAAGAAAUUGAAGGACCUCAGAAUGGACUUCUAGAUCAUUUAACUGUUAAAGAAGAACCUGAGGAGAUGAUUGCCAGAAAAAGAAGCAAGAGUUACCAUUUGAGCAGGACUUCUCAGGCCCACUUGAAAUGCCAGAGGAUGCAUGGUGAUCCUGAAAAACUACAAAGCCAGAACAUUUUGAACUGUAUAUUGUUGAAGAAAGAGGAACACAUGUGUCAAAAAGGAUGCCAGAUAUUGGAACAAUACAGACCAUCUAAUAUGUUGUCAAGUGAAGUGCAAACUAAGUUCCAAACAAAGGCGGAUAAAUAUGAGUCCGCAGUGAUGAAAGAAAUUACCCUAGCAAAGCCAGCCAACGGCAAUAUUGCUGAACCAUUUCAGAGGAUGGAAGAUGCAAAGGAGGAAAGUGUUUGUCAUCCGUUAAAGAAGGACAUUGAGUUGUGCACAGUUCCUUGCCUCCCUGGUGCUCCUAGGAAAGCACAAGACCCCAGUUCUACUGGGUGUGAUCCAGUAUGUGGUGCCUUUGUGAAUACUUACCAUCAGAAGGGAAUGCCUCCCUUAAAAAAGCAGCCCCAUCGAACAUGUAAGAGAGUUCCCUGUCAGGAGCCAGUCAGCAUGGGGAGGAAAUUAAGUAAAAUCAGAAGCUCUUCCUUUGGGAAGGGUUCCUCUAAUACCAUCCCCACAAAAGCACAAAGACUUCUCCUCUCAUGUGCUGCAUCUGCAUCUGUGCUCACACCAUUGGAACCCCAAACAGUAUCAUGCGGGAGCUUGCUUAGCCACACACCAAAGCAGAGGACUACUUCAUGCCAUCCUUUGAGGAACCUGAAUUUUAGGAAAUCUACCAAAGAAUCAGCCUUAUUAAGCAAGCUGUCUGUCCUUGCCUCCAAACUAGCUCCAGCCGCAAAAACCCAGAAACUCCGAUAUCGGCAAUGUUCCUCUGCACUUCUUCCAGUGGCCAAAAGCUGCAAGCGUCUCAGAUAUAAAAGGCUCCUGGAUGGGUUUUCAUAUAAUGCCAUGCAGCUGGAUCCAUAUUUGGCAGCUAGUGGGUGGAAUAAGAGGCCUAACAGUAAGCCCUUGGCACUUUAUUCUUUCGAAGCCAUCAAGAUGAGCUUCGUAGAUUUGAGCAACAAGAUGCCAUCACUGCUUUUUGGUUCUGAAAUCUUCCCACUUUCCUUUCAUGUGGACUUAGCCUCUAAUUGCGUGACUGAGUUCUCAAGGACAUUUCCUGAGCACUGUGCGCCAGCAAGGCUUGCCUUAGAAGAGGCCUCCCAGUGCCCGUCUCAACCACCCAAGUGGACUUUUUCUUUCUUUUUGUCCCAUGGUUGCCCUGGGAUGGCCACAUUCAGGGAAGACACUGGCCUCCAUAGUCAGGCAUACACUCAGGCUCCUCAACAGACUCCAGCUCCUCUCCAAGACUGUGGAAGCACCUCCAUAGUCCCGACCAGAGCAAACUGCUCUGUCCUUGGCCUUCACACACUUCUAGCACUUUGUUCUCCAGGAUGUUACCGAAUCUGGACGAAGAAACGGAGCUUCUCCAGUCACAUGCCAACCAUGCAGAGGUUCUUUAUGGCCCAGUUUACACAAGGCUUAAAAGGGUUAAGGUCUCCAGCUUCCAUAGCAAACAAGAUCUUCUGUUCUCUGCCCUACUCAGUGGGCAGAGUGCUAUCUAUUUGGAGCCAACACGGGCCUGCCUCCUGCUCCUUCGAAAUCUCUGCUCUUCAUUCCAUUCAUAGCAAGCAGCCAGCAAGUCUGGGUACCACAAGCAGCCACACCUUGUUACCAUAUGUGCCUCUUCCGGGCUUGGAAGUUACAUAUAGAAGCAGUGGCGGUCAGAUAAGACUGGAGCCUGCAUUCCCUACCUUGGUACCAAAGCCUUGCUUAGUAACAGAACCAGCUGUCAACAAGCUCCUGUGUUCAGCUUCUGAGUUCCAAGUUCCUGGGUUUGAUGAACUGAAUGGUGUGACAACAGCAUGUCCCCGACCACAGAGCAGCCCUCCAGAACAGAAAGAGGCCGAGCCAGAGAAGAGGCCAAAGAAAGUCUCACAGAUUCGCAUCCGGAAAACCAUUCCUAAACCAGAUCCUAAUCUUACUCCAAUGGGCCUUCCUCGCCCCAAAAGGUUAAAGAAAAAGGAAUUUAGUUUAGAAGAAAUAUAUACAAACAAAAAUUACAAGUCUCCUCCUGCAAACAGGUGUUUAGAGACCAUCUUUGAGGAACCCAAGGAACGAAAUGGUACGCUAAUCUCAGUCAGCCAACAGAAAAGAAAGCGAGUUCUAGAAUUUCAGGACUUUACAGUCCCGCGAAAGAGGAGAGCUCGAGGUAAAGUCAAGUUGAGUGGCAGCUUUACCAGGGCUCAGAAGGCAGCUCUGCAAAGUCGAGAACUGGAUGCUCUUUUGAUACAGAAACUGAUGGAGCUGGAGACCUUCUUUGCCAAUGAAGAGGAGCAGGAGCAGUCAUCAGGCUGCUGAGAAGCAAUGUGGAUAGAGGUCUUAAGCUUGGAUCUUUCCAGACCUCCCUGAAAGAGGUUGCCUGUUUUUACCCUAUGUUCCAGCUACUCAAGAUGCCCAGUCCAAUAAUUUUUACCUAUUUCAAGGUGCAGCCUUUUUAGGAACUGGUGAUGGAGGGUCCUGUGUUUCUACUGCUGAGUAUAGAACCUCAGGAAUGCUCUCUUUCUCCUGGAAAUGGUCCCAAAUGACAUCUGGCCAUCUCUUCCUUAUCUCUGCCAUCCACAGGAGGAAGAAGCCACGUAUCUUACACAACACUAAAAUUCCAAUGACUCCGAACAUUUGCACGUCCACAUGAAAGUUCCGCUUUGUUUACGGUGGUGCUAGACCAAGAUGACUUAGAGAUAUGGUCCAGGGAAGGGGACCUGGCUUCCUGUCCUGUGUGGAAUAACCAGCUCAUUUCAGUAGUGGAGAAAAGAUGAGCUGUUGUAUUUUCUACUUUUUUGAGUUUGUCUGCCCAGAACUUGUUAAUGUACGUGUGUGCUUUGUGUGUGUGUGUGUGUGUGUGUGUGUGUGUGUGUCUUUUCCCCCAUUGUUUUAUCCCUUCUGUGACUUUGGGUCACUAGUGCCAGAGGAGCCCGUCCAGGCCCCAAUCAAAGUAAGUUGCACUUUCUAAUGUGAUAUUGAUUAUUUUCAUUUUAUUUCAUUUCUCGUGUGUGUGUGUGUGUGUGUGUGUGUGUGUGUGUGUAUUACUGCUGCAUGUUUGGGGCCUUUAAAUGUGAUUUUAAAGUUUUUUUAAGAAAUUAAGGAAAAAGAUAAUACAUGUCUUAAGAGAAUACACGAUAGGCAUUUGACCCAGUUGAGUGGUGCAUGGAAGACAUAUUUCCCAUUAAUAUGUUUCAAGCAAUCCCUCUCCAUCUCUAACUUCUAAUAUAGUUGAUUAGAGGGAGCACUUUUUUAAAAAAAUCUGGGUUCUUAUUCCUGCCUAUUAAGUACACAUAUUUAUUUUAAUUUCAUAAUUAAGAAUAGAUUUCUCUCACAAUCACUUAAAAAAUGAUAAGUUUGAGUGUGGUUUUAUCUGAAAUGUUAGUGUGUGGCAAAGUUGGGUGCACUGGCUUGGAUAGUGACAGACCAACCUAGAAGGUCUUCAGCUAGUCAAGCAUUGUACUCCAGGGCUGGGGAGAAGGUCGGGGUAGCAGUGCAGACCCAGUGGUGCAUUUUGGAGUGGAAUCAUGAAAUUCCACAGCCAGCCUUCUUUGAGGGUACCUCAUAUAUUUUAGUCCUGUGUCAGACCUACUGGAAGUAUUGUCAAAUGCCAGAAAUAGCAGAGUUUCUGGAUUUGUAUCUGUAGGAGCCUGUGGGUAGCAGGAUACUAUGUAAGCAGCAGGCCCAGAGGUCUCGUUUCUUUUCCACUGAAUCCCUGUGUGCCCUUGCUCCCUUACUCCUCCUCUUCUUCCACUGUUUUGUUUUGUUUUGUUUUGUUUUGUUUUGUUUUGUUUUGUUUUUUCCUUCUUCCUCUCUUGUCUUUUAAAGUUAAGAGUUCAGAGUUAACAUUCCUUGGCUGGUGAGUAGGAUGCUGAAGUCAGCCACAAGACACUGGUCACAUCUUCCCAUCUUCCUAGGGGCCACCACCUUAAAGCAGCUGAUGAUGAAACUGUCCAAGCGUCAGGGACAGUUUCCAGUCUGUUAAUAAGAGUGAGUGAUGCUGCCUUGGAAUGUUGGCCGACUCUUCUAGGAUUCUUUUGCUCCCCAAAUGUAGGUGGAGGGAUGGGGUGUGGGUAGGGGUCACUAUGUGCCUUUGCUUUACAGGUUGAUAAUCUGUACCACACUGGAGCAGAAAAACUGACAUAAAUGGGGGGAAAAAUGUGCCAUGUUUAUCCAUCUUCCAGGCUUGCCACCUCAGACAUAGCAUUUAGAUAAAUGAAAUACACAUUUGGCUAAUCACAGAGGUUUCUGAGGCCAUGGCCCCAUAGAAGAGCAUCAGGUUUUCUCACUGGCUCUGAAUGAUGUUGACAGAUGUUGCUGUUCAGUGUGCUUUUUGCCCAUCCCAUAUGGGUGAUGCAACAUGUUUCACCUUAGUAUCUCUCUCUUCUUAGGGCUCUUUGGGCAGUCAGGGCAGGGUUCUUAGUACUUCUGUCAUUUUGCUGAAGGAAAUCAAAUGGAUAAUACAUUGUACCUUUGUACCAACAUGUUUGGGGAACUCCUGCUGUACACUUACAAAGUAGCCAUGACAAAGUUGACAAAGCCCUGUUUGCCUGCUCCAUUGCCACUGUAGCUGAGGCAGCACUGUGGCAGCCAAGUCCCCCACAGCAGUGGAGGUGGGCACAGUAGUGGUAUCACCAACGUGACAGACAUGCAGUUUCAAGUUCAGCCAUUAUAAGUCCUCUUGAAAGCACUGGAGCGUUGGUUUGGAACAUUGGUAUCUAGGUGUGAAGGACAAGAGGAACAGAGACCUGGCUUCUUCCUCCUGGGAAUGUAGUGGGAAGCUACUCUAAGGCCAGCUUUGCCUGUCCUUGAAAUUCUUGGCCUACCCUCUUUUGGGGGCCUUUCUGCUCCAAAGUUGAGAUGCCUCAUUGUAAACUUGCAGUUACUUAUGAGUAGUUGAUGUAUCAGUUCCAGCCACACCUGUCCUCACACCCAGUUUUACCAGUGACCUAACCAGGCCCAAGGCUCAGUGGUCCCCAGAACCAGUGGCCCCUCACUCUUAUCACAUUCCCAGGGCUAUAGGAUGGGCAUUGCAUGAUGGGGUUUGGUACCAUUUCUGAGAAUGGGGAAUUUUCACCCCACAUGGUGGAACCUUACAACUGUAGCUAACUCAACCAUAAUUCACCUCCAGAAGAUUAGUAUUUUAGUAUUUAUGGGAAACGAGGCAAAAUCUUAGGUCCAGUCAGGAUUCUGCCUGUCUCCUUUCAUCUUUCAUUCUCUGGCUACAGUGGUCUCCUCCUGUCACAUCUGCCCCUCCCCCUUCAAUUUUUUUCUCUUAGUCUAGCCUCAUUUCUCCCUUAGUUUCAAGGUACCUCAUCAUCUAUUAAAACAUUGUGUUCACCUUACUGAACUGCAGCUGAGAGGUGCGGUGAAGAGACUUGUAGUGUUUGCCUUACUCAGAGCCUGAAGAGCUCAGAAACUCAUGCUGUGAAUUCCAAAACUCAGUACCCCUCCAAGAGCUGUGAAAAUCAUGAUGCUUUUAUUAUAAUUUUGCCUGAAAGGGUCUUUUGUGUGGGCACUGGAGCCAACUGAGGUCAGUAUCAGAUCCCACUCUGGGUAUACUUGCCUGUGGCUCAUCCCCACCCACCAGGCUUCGUGGAGCAGCAGCAAGCGUGUAGGACUGUGGCAGCAGGGCCAAGGCUGCAGUGCGGCCAGUGGUUGCAGAGCCAUCACUCCAACUCCAAGCUAGGGUUCCUUCUCAUCAUCUGUACCAUGUACAUUAAGAUCCACAAAAGACCAACUUUUAGACGGUCAUACAUUUUUUUCCAUUACCUGAGAAGUAUGCAGUUGGUGCUUUCUUUAAUAUCUUUUUUAAAAUUUCUAUAAGCUUUUUCCCUGAAAAGGACAUCUUAAAUAACCAUAUUGUGGGUGGCUGUAUCCCAAGUACAAAGAAUUGGCCCAAGGUACAGUGUCCUUGCCUGGUUUCAAGUAAGGAGAGGGCUCCUUGAUUGAACUGAACCUCUAUAUAAAACUUCUGUAUAAAACUGACUAAAAAGAGACUUAAUUUUGCUGAAGUCAUAUUAAUGUUACCAUCUGAACACUUUAAGCAGCAAAAGCUACCUUGAUUGUAAACUGAGGGGAUCCCUGUGUAGCCCACCAUUUGACAUGGCACACUAAGAUGUGAUGCUUGUUAACAGUCUUCACAAGCUCCUCUGUGGUGCUGAAUUGUAUUUGAAUUCUCAGUGAGAGACCUCCGCGUCUCCUUGAACUGGGAUCUGGGUCAGUAAACGCUGCCUGAAGGUUUCUAUAUUAUCAUGGUCAGUAGUUCAGUGAAAUU